UCCCCGGGCGUUACCAUGGUGACGGUCUCCGGACGGGGACGCACUGAGCGUGCGCGGCGGAAGGGGGCGUGGCCACAGGCUGCGGGGCUCCGGCAGGAGGCCGGUGAAGGCAGAGGAGUAGAACCGCAGCAGGAGCAGCCCGAGGCGGCCGCAGGAGCCCGGACAGCCCGCGGGUGUGAGGAAGAUGAAGUGACCUUGCUGUCAUUGGAGGUUGAAGAUGAGGCCUCAGUGAAGAGCAAAGCAGUGCCAUGAGUAAAUCGCCGAGACUUCCGAAACCUUCAGGAGGGGGGAGGAGGAGGAGGCGCCUGAGGAGGAGCUCCAGAGCAACCCGGCCCACCAGCAGGUUCCAGGCCUCCAGCACCAUGGACUCCGCUCGCUCGGCCCUGAAGAGGAGGAGCAGGGAGGAGAUCGACUCCAGAUCUGACGGUAAAGUGGACCGGAGGUCGACCAGCGACAGCGACGACUCUGCGAGUGUGGGCGGCGAGCGGCCAGCGCACGGUGGACACGGCGGCCAGAACGGAGCCGUCAAACUGAACCGAGCCCCUUCACUUUACCAGGAACCGAGUAACAAUGUUCUGAGAGGAACCUUCCGGAUCUGCGCCUCAGGUCGGAAUGCUGCCCGCAGAGGAGCAUACAGAACCGCCAAGUGGUCCAACCAGACCGACGAUGAGGACGAGGACGAGGACGAGGACGACGACUCAGAGGACGACGAUGGGAACACAGCUCUCAGCUGUCGUCCUCUGCGUUCAGGACUCGUUCCCUCUCAGAAGUCUUCUGGAGGUCCGGCAGACAUCGAGCCCAUGAGCAUCGACCAGUCGGUGGGGUUUGACAGUAUUGGAGGUCUCUCAGGUCACAUCUCAGCUCUGAAGGAGAUGGUGGUCUUUCCGUUGCUUUACCCUGAAGUCUUCGACAACUUCAAGAUUCAACCGCCGAGAGGAUGUCUCUUCUACGGUCCUCCUGGGACGGGGAAGACGCUGGUCGCCCGCGCUCUCGCCAACGAGUGUCGCCACGGCAACCGGAGGGUUUCCUUCUUCAUGAGGAAAGGCGCCGACUGCCUCAGCAAGUGGGUGGGAGAGUCGGAGCGGCAGCUCAGGCUGCUGUUUGAACAGGCCUAUAUGUUGCGUCCGUCCAUCAUCUUCUUCGAUGAGAUUGACGGUCUGGCUCCGGUCCGGUCCAGCCGCCAGGAUCAGAUCCACAGCUCCAUGGUGUCCACGCUGCUGGCCCUGAUGGACGGUCUGGACAGUCGGGGGGAGGUGGUGGUGAUCGGAGCCACCAACCGGCUGGACUCCAUCGACCCGGCUCUGCGGCGGCCCGGACGCUUCGACCGCGAGUUCCUGUUCGGACUGCCGGACCGAGAGUCUCGUAAAGAGAUUCUGAAGAUCCACACGCGGCAGUGGACACCGUGUCCAUCGGAGGACUUCCUGGAGGAGCUGGCGGCGCGCUGCGUCGGUUACUGCGGCGCCGACAUCCGCGCCGUGUGCACGGAGGCGGCGCUGUGCGCGCUGCGGCGCCGCUACCCCCAAAUCUACGGCUCGCCGCAGAAGCUCCUGCUGGACGUGUCUUCCAUCGCCGUGGGCGCCGAGGACUUCGCGGCGGCCAUGAUGAAGAUGUCGCCGGCGUCGCGCCGCUCCAACGCCUCGCCGGCCAAACCGUUGUCGGCUGUGGUGGAGCCGCUGCUGGGCGGCGCCCUGCGGGACGCCCUGGCGGCGCUGCGACGGCUAUUCCCGCACGCCGCGCAGGGCGCGAGGAGGAGGGCGGAGCCAGAUCUGACCUCUGGUGUCCAUGACGACGGGCUGAUGUCUGCAGACGGAGGCGCCGGAACCACAAACCCCUCAGGAACCAGAACCAGGAACCUUCUGCACUUCACCAGGAGUGCGGUCAAACAGCCGAUGUCUCACCGUCCCCGGAUGCUCCUGGUUGGACGUCCUGAUUCUGGUCAGACGUCUCACUUGGCUCCAGCCAUCCUUCACGCUCUGGAGCGGUUCCCCGUCCACAGCCUGGACUCUGCUGUCCUGUUUGGAGCCGGCAGCUCGUCCCCAGAGGAGGCCUGUGCUCAGCGGUUCUCCGAGGCCAGACGGACGUCCCCCAGCGUCCUCUACGUCCCCCACAUCCAGCAGUGGUGGGACACGGUGGGCCCGGCGCUCAGGGCGUCCUUCCUCAGCCUGCUGGCCGGCAUCCCGUCCUUCUCGCCCGUCCUGCUCCUCGCCACCUGCAGCGUCCCCCAUGAGCAGCUGGACCCCGAGAUCCAGAGUCUGUUCCGGGAGGAGUACGGGGAGGUCUACACCCUCGGGGUUCCGUCCCAGAAGGAACGUUCCGCCUUCUUCCAGGACCUCCUGCUGAACCAGGCCGCUGAGCCUCCGCCCCCCGACGGGGACCCCGAGACCGGGACCCUGGAGGUCCUCCCCCCGGCGCCCCUGCCGCCCCCCCACCAGCUGUCGCAGCAGGAGCGCCUCCACCUGGAGGAGCAGGAGGAGGACGUGCUGCGGGAGCUCCGCCUUCUCCUCCGGAACGUGACGGAGCGCCUGAUCCUGGACCGGCGCUUCAGGGCCUUCAGCCGGCCGCUGGACCUGGAGGAGGUCCCAGACUACCUCCUGGUGACCCAGACCCCCAUGGACCUCUCCACCCUGCUGACCAACAUCGAUCAGCACAAGUACUCGACUGUAGGAGACUUCCUGUCAGACGCAGACCUGAUCUGGAAGAACGCUCUGGAGUCCACCUUAGAUGGAGGCCUGCGGCACCGAGCGUGCGCCCUGAGGGACGCCGUGCGCGCCGCCAUCCGAGACCAGCUGGACCCCGACCUGGAGAGAGUGUGUGAGGAGAUCCAAGAGGCGCGCUUCAAGAGGGGUCACGAGUCGCAAGAAGAAUCCAGGAGGUUCUCCAGUUCUGGAUCCCAGCUUCAGAAAAAGAAACGUUAUAAACGUCCCCGAAAGACCAAGUGGAGCACCGGGGUCCUCCCAAAACCAAAGAAGAAGAAGCUUCCGGCCCCGCCCUCCCCCCCCUCGCUGUGCUCCUCGUCCUCCUCCUCUUCCUCCUUCACCUCCUCCUCUGAACUCAGCACUGGAAGCUCGUCCAGCCAGUCGGACAGCAGUGAUGAGGAGGAGGAGCAGGACCUCUACCUGAGCCUCCACCCAGCGUACAGCGGCGUCCCCGGGGGCCCGGGCGGAACCCUGAAGAACGGCUUCCUCCAUCCCAAAGAGCUCCACCCGCGCUCCAACCAAGAGAGGACCAGGAGAGGCGAGGCAGCAGCCUCCACGCAGCAAGGAGAGAAGAACCAGAGACCCCUGCUGGUGGACCGGAGCAAGCUCAGGGACCUGCUGACUCGGUGUGUGUCUCAGACUGAAGGCUUCGAGGUCGAAGCUCUGGAGAAACUUUACGCUCUGCUGGCUCAGUGUAUCUACACACACCGAGAGGAGAGCGACAAGAGCCCACUGCUGCAGGACAUGAGGACGGAGAUCGACUGUUUCUUCUGAUCUUCCGACAGUCAAGUUCACAAAACGUCAUUCAGAUUUUUUGGAAUGUUUUCAGCUGUUUACAUUGUUUAUUUAUUUAUUGACUAUUUAUUGACGGGCUCUUUAAGGACUAUUUAUUCCUGGAGACUCGCUGGAUUGAUUUGGGUCAGAGUGUGUUGAUCAGCGUUUGGUGCUGUGAGUUUGAAUAAACUGAUUUG